AUGAAUUCGUCGCUGAGAUAUCCGUUGAAGCGUCGCAGUAUCAGAAGUGCAGCAGAUGACGACGCGUUACAGGACCUCCUGUUCAAUGAAGAAGUAUGGCGGAGCGCAUUUUCAAAACGUCCCAGAAAUGCAGAAACGGGUCAACAAACGAGAUGGACAGUAUUAAUUGGAUAUUUACAGUUGGCGUACGAGAAAUCACAUGUGCACUACUUAUUCCCAGUAAUACUCUUAUUCGCUUAUUCACUUCUCGGUGGGCUGAUAUUUUGGUCAAUAGAGCGACCACAUGAAGAGGUUCUACUCAUGGAUAAGAGCAGCUUCAUCGACGCAUUGAAAGAAGAGCUCUUGAACGUCAUAAUGAGUGUUCAUGGUCGUCUCUCAGAAUAUAAUCGAGCAUUCCAGAAUGAUUCCUAUGUGCAGAAGUUGCAUUAUCGAGCGUAUCGAAAAUUCGCGCUCAACGAAAUACACAAGAUAAUCUACUGGUACACGUUAACGAUUUUCUAUCUUACUGAAAACGAAAUACAUAAAGCAAUGGUAUUACGUCCACAGAAUGCCGAAUCGUUAUGGAAACAGCAUUUCGAGAGUAACUUCGGACGAAUCCACGCGUUACGGAAUUAUACCGACCAGUUGGCUCUGCGUUGUUGGGAGAUUGGCGUCGAAGGGGCGCAUCUUGGUUGGCAAAGGUCAUUCUAUAGGGAAAAGAUUGAUGAUAGUAUGAGCGACUAUGACAUUGCAGUUGGUCUAGAUAAUGUGUUGAAACCAGUGUGGACAUUUUGGAAUGCGAUGUUUCUUGCAGUGACCACCUACACCACAAUCGGAUACGGUAACAUUACCGCGAAAACGAAAUUGGGAAAAUUGGCCGCGAUGGUGUACGCUGUUAUUGGUAUACCACUUGUGCUAAUGAUUCUACACAAAAUGGGACGGUUCUUUCUAUUUGCUCUAGAACACGUUUGGGAUUUUCUAACGAGAGGUGCUCAAUAUUUAUGUUUUGUGUCAAAUGGAAGUCGUCUUAAGCUCUCCGAAGAAGAGCGCAUAUCCGAAAUACCAUUGAUAUUAGCUCUAGGUGUGGCAUUCGGAUGGAUGUUUUUGUGUGCUGCCAUUUUCUUACGAUUCGAAAAGGAUUGGGACUACUUCAAGAGUUUCUAUUUCUUUUUCUGCUCAUUGACCACUAUAGGAUACGGUGAUGUGACGCCGACAAAGAGCGAGGAUAUGUUCAUCAUAUUUGGCUUAAUUAUGAUUGGGUUAUCGCUGGUUUCAAUGUGUAUUAAUGUAAUUCAGUUGAAAUUGGAAAAACUUUUCGAGGAAUUACUGUUGACUCUUAUGGAGGAAUAUAACUCAGAUCCGGAAGCCAGUAGCCUGAAAGGUGGACAGAUCGGGAUGGUCGAAAUGUGGCGAGCGUGGAAGAAGCGUAAAUCACGACUGAAAAACGGACUCGCUCCUGCCAGACAGGCUGCAGGGAAAGCCAGUCAAAAUUUGGCAAAGGUGAUUCCUUUCGCUCGAAGACGAAAUCGCCAUCACUUAAUCGAGGAGCUGCAGCAUCGACUUCGCCAACGGGAUCGCGCUACGCAGACCGACAUCGUCUUCGGACCAAUCCUCGAAGAGGCAUGGACUGAGACCAGUGACGUUGACAGCUACAUGACCAACAACAGCGCGUCGUAUGACCCUGGUGGUGGUGGUGCUGGUUAUCUCUCAGGAGCAUCCGUUAUCGCAGCACCAUCUCGAUGUGAAUCGCAUCCGAUUGUCGUUCAACGUGAACCAUCUUUACUCUCAUCGUCAAGGCCUCAUUCGACCGCUCACAGUCAACUACAAACAGCUAGCAGUGAAAUAUCAAAAAUGUCUUCGCUUUCAACUGUAUCAAGUCGUAAUACCGGGGCGUCGUCAGCGAAAUCAGCUCCAAAUAGUGCUUCACUUGCGAGAUUUCCAGUCGAUUUCGAUCCCAACCGGCGUUGGACGUUCAUUGGAACUGGCAGUACAUCUCGCGGUGCUCCUCGGGGACUCGUCGUUCCUUACAUGUACACACAACGGCAGAUUCGUCAAGUACACACAACUGAAAUGGGGCGUCUAAUCGCUGAGUUGGACAGUCGAAUACGCGACUGUCGCCACCUGGCUUCGCCUUCGUCUUCAAGGAGCUCACGUACACACUCGAAAGGACUUCAAACGUCAUCGAAAUAG